AUGUCCAUACUUCAGGAGUUGGUUUAUAGUAACGACUAUGACAUCAUCUGUCUUUGUGAAACCUGGUUAAAUGAUUCUGUUCUAAACAAUGAAUUGCUUCCUGGAUAUUCAAUCCACCGCCGCGACAGACAAGCGCAGAUCGGUGGAGGUGUGCUAGUGGCCGUAAGAACAAAUAUAGAAAGCCGCCGUCGGGAAGACCUCGAAAAGGAGAACAUUGAGCUAAUCGCUGUUGAAAUUCACAAAAGUUGUAGUAAGCCAUUGCUCCUGUAUACAUUCUAUCGUCCUCCUCAAUCCCCGCCCAACGUUCUAAACCAACUUAACUCUUCACUUCAAGACUCCCCUGAGUCCAGUUGCAUCGUCCUGUUGGGAGACUUUAACUUACCCACCAUUUCGUGGUCUGAAGAUCAGUCUGCACCGCUGAAUGCCAGAGGACUCGCGGAUGAUGACAUUUUCUGUAACUUUGUGGACGACAAUUUCCUUCAACAAUCCAUAAAAGGUCCCACCCAUAUCGCUGGUAAUAAGCUUGAUCUAUUAUUGUGUACCAACCAGAGGUUAUCGAAAAUGUUACUGCAGUCUCUCCUGAAGAACAUAAUUUCCCGACAGAUCAUCACAUUAUAG